AUGUCAAGAGUCUUAAGGACUCGAAAUACCAUCCAAGAAAAUGAGGAGGUGCGGGUGACACCUAUUACCUGGGAGCAGUUCAAAAUUGCAUUCAAUGAUAAGUACUUUCCUGAGUACUGGAGAGAGGUGAAGAAACAAGAGUUUUUGAAGCUGAACCAAUCAGAGGAUAUGUUUGUGGUGCAGUACGAGGCCAAGUUUUCCAAGCUGAUAAAGUAUGUACCUAUGUACACUACGGAUGAAUUUGAGAAGGCCCAGAAGUUCUUUCAAGGACUUAGAAAGGAAGUGAAGCAAGUACUGUACGCGUGGAACAUUCGUACUUUUGAUGAUGCAGUUGAGAAGGCUAUUACUGUUGAGCGAAACAUGAUGGCUCAGGGAGAGCUGAAACUCCGAAGUGAUGUGAAAAAGGAGGUGGAGAGCAAAGACAAAUCAACAAACCCUCCAGUAGCACAAUUCAAGAAGCCUGAAGGAGCUAAAUUUAAGAGGGAAAGAUAUUGCAAGAAGUGCCAAAGGAGGCAUGCUAACAACAAGUGUGGGACCAAAAGCAAAGGAGCAGGUUGCUUUAUGUGUGGAGAAGUUGGACAUUUAGCGAGAGACUGCCCUUCGAGGAAAACAUUGAAGAUCGAGGAAGGGGCCAAAAGGGAAGUAACGUGCUAUGCUUGCAAGCAACGGGGACAUUAUUCAUGGAACUGCCCCCAACGAGACAAGUCUGACCCAAGGAAGAAGCCAGAGGGAAAACCAGGCCCACAAUCAGCACGAGUAUUUCAACUAACAAAGGCGGAGGCUGAUGCUGACCCGAUCGUUGUGGAAGGUACGCUCUUCAUCCACACUACUCCUGUACAUGCAUUGGUAGACCCUGGUGCCACUCAUUCAUUCAUAGCAAAUGAGUCUGCUAGGAGUUUGGGUCUUGCACCCUCGAUAAUAGGGCAUGGAGUUAGAAUUCAAUCUCCAAUUGGGGAGACUAUGGAGACUAAUUUAAUGAUCCGAGAUUGUGAUGUGGAUAUUGAGGACGAGAAAUUUAAGAUAGAUCUUAUACUGAUGGAGAUGCAUGACUUCGAUGUCAUCCUAUGA